AUGGCUUCGGACGGGCUGCCGUCGUCGUCGGGCUGGCGCCGGCGUCGUCACGCCGGCUGGGACGUUUCGGCGACCUUGGUCGCCGGUGGCACACACCUGUGUCUGUCCCUGUGCGUCCUGUCGUCCUGCCUGCCAGCCGGUCCCCUGUCAGCUCUGUCGCCGGUCCUCGCGGCGCCGUCGAACAUCAACGACAAACCGUCCGGCGGGAAACCACGCGCCGUCCUCGUUCAAAAAAGCGAUGGGCUGCAGAACGUCAUCGCAUACGCUAGCCGCUCCCUUUCCACGGCCGAGGCUAACUAUUCCACGACUGAGAGGGAGUGCCUUGCCAUCAUCUGGGCUACGUCGAAGUUCCGCCCCUACCUGUACGGACGACCGUUCAAGGUGGUCAGCGAUCACCACGCGCUGUGCUGGCUUGCAAAUUUAAAGGACCCCUCUGGCCGCCUCGCUCGAUGGAGUCUUCGCCUCCAGGAGUUUGACGUCACCGUGGUUUACAAGUCCGGACUCAAACACUCUGACGCCGAUUGCCUCUCACGAGCCCCUGUAGAUGCGCCGCCACCGGACGACGAUGAGGACGCCUUCCUGGGACCCAUCAGCUCCAGCUCUUUUGCCCAGCAGCAAAGCUCGGACCCUCACCUAAAAUGCCUCAUAGAGUACUUGGAAGGCAACGUUUCUUCGCCCCCUGCCUCAUUUAAGCGAGGACUGUCUUCCUUCUGUGUACAGAAUGAUGUCCUCAUGAAGAACUUCGCAGCGAACAAAACAGCCUACCUCCUUGUUACCUGGGACGUCAUCCUGCCAUUCGUCGUCUUCGCCUACAACACCGCAGUGCAGGAGACCACCCAGAUGACGCCUUUUAGGCUCGUCCACGGAAGGGAGGCCACGACCACGCUAGACGCCAUGCUGCCCAAUGUUACAGAAGAAGAGAACGUCGAUGUCGCCGCCUACCUUCAACGCGCAGAAGAAGCUCGAAGGCUUGCCCGAUUACGAAUCAAAGACCAGCAACGAACCGACACCAGACGCUACAACCUACGAAGACGCAACGCGGAAUACAAGCCAGGAGACCAAGUCUGGGUUUGGACGCCCAUUCGGCGCCGUGGAUUGAGUGAAAAGCUUUUGAGCCGCUAUUUCGGCCCAGACAAGGUUCUUCGUCGGCUAGGUGAACUGGAUUAUGAAGUCAUCCCUGACGCCAUGACUGCAUCCCAGCGACGCCGCGUACGACCAGAAGUUGUUCACGUCGUCCGCCUGAAGCCCUAUUAUACGCGCUAA